AUGUUACAGCAAAGAUUAGCGACCGCACGCAAAGUAUUGGCCCUCUUGACUUGCUUAUCGUAUCUACUUAUCUGCGCUGAUGCUCUUUUGUUGCCGCGAUUCAGCAGUGUCAUUGAUCGCAAUGAAUUCCUUUCGAUUGUUAUUGUGUCUACAGGACAACUGAUUCCGUCAUCGUGGUUUGUUGAGAAACAACUACAACACGAUGAUUCUUCAUCGGUGAUUAUUCCCCUCCGCUUUCUUCCUGUAGGUGGAUCCUGGGCGAUUAAGAUAUUAGUGGCGAAUAAUGAUGAGCGCGAUGAUAAGUACUACGCCGUGGUGGAUACUGGAUCUCCAUUCUUGACAGUUCCGUCAAGUUUGGCCAGUGUCACAGAAAGGACAACUUAUCCCAUGACUAAAGAGCAAUAUGGUCAAGACAUUAGUGAAAUGGACUGGAAGAAGAUACCAUAUGUUACAAUAUUGACGAAUUCUUCCGUCAUUGAUACUGAGAACCUUGUGGUGGGGAUGGAGGAGACACAGCAACCAAACCAAGAAGCAGGAAGUGCCUUUGCUGGUUUGGUCAAUAUCGACGACAAUCGACCAACUUUCUUGGAGCAACUAACUCGAGAAAGGAUCUCUGCUUUUACAAUAUCAUUUGCUCGGAACUAUCUUCAGCUGAGUCAAAGGUCUUUGAUUGACAAACGAAACCCGGCAGCUUUUCCUUUGGUCGAUCUCCGACCGUAUGGCCCAGACUUGUAUCACUACGCGGUGGAUUCGCCCCGUUUGGUUGGUGCUCGAUACAGGAUUGACAGGAUGCGUGUUCUCCGACUCAUUAAUGGAGGAGCUUCACAACAGGCGAGGCAACAAAGAUGUUGUCCCAGACGGAAUUUCAGUCUCUACAGUAUCCCAGAGUCGACAACCUUUGGUAUUGACAAGUUCGGAUCAAUAUUGGGUGUUUUCAUCCUUUCGACUUCCAUGGUUUCGGGACGUACGAAACCAUCCACAUAUUGUUGCAUUGGGUUGUACAUUUUGGACCCAGUGCGAGAGUUUGACUGUGGACAUGGCAUCUCGGACAGUAAAGAUCAUUCCUCGUCAACCCGCUGUUUCAAUAGAUAG